CAGGUUACACGGUGAGGUGCAGCGCCGGGUGCUGGUCCCUUUAAGCAGGUGUCCUGUACAGUCAUCCCUACAGGGACCGCCACACCCGCUCAGGUGCGGGGAAAGGGUGCGCGCUCCCGGCUGCAGGUUAGCGGGGUCGUGGACGCGCACCGGGCAGCAGCCCCUCUGAGGCCAGGACUGUGGUGAGAGCGGACGGAGCCCCCGGCGGUCGCCAUGGCGCUGGCAGAGCUGUACACACAGUAUAACCGGGUGUGGAUUCCUGAUACAGAUGAAGUGUGGAGAUCUGCAGAGAUCACAAAGGACUUCAAGAUUGGGGACAAUGUGCUUCAUUUGUGCUUGGAAGAUGGCUCUGACUUGAAAUAUAUGGUUGAGAAAGGUCUACCUCCACUUAGAAAUCCAGACAUUCUAGUAGGAGAAAAUGACCUCACCGCUCUCAGUUAUUUGCAUGAGCCGGCUGUCUUGCACAACCUGAAAGUGCGAUUUAUGGAGUCUAAACAUAUCUACACCUACAGCGGUAUUAUUCUAGUUGCAAUAAAUCCAUAUAAGGAACUACCAAUAUACGGAGAUGCAAUCAUCCAUGCAUACAGUGGGCAAAAUAUGGGAGACAUGGACCCACAUAUAUUUGCUGUGGCAGAAGAAGCAUACAAGCAAAUGGCCAGGAACAAUAAGAACCAGUCUAUCAUUGUGAGUGGAGAGUCUGGAGCUGGGAAGACAGUGUCUGCGAGGUAUGCCAUGCGCUACUUUGCAACAGUCAGUAAAUCAAGCAGCAAAGCCAAUGUGGAGGAUAGGGUGCUGGCGUCCAAUCCUAUAACAGAGGCAAUUGGAAAUGCAAAAACCACCAGAAAUGAUAACAGCAGUCGAUUUGGGAAAUACUCCGAAAUUAGUUUUGACAGGAGGUACCAAAUAAUCGGUGCAAAUCUGAGAACUUACCUCCUUGAGAAAUCCAGGGUUGUAUUUCAGUCUGAAAAUGAAAGAAAUUAUCAUAUAUUUUAUCAGCUCUGUGCAUCUGCUUCCCAGCCUGAGUUCAAGGACUUUCACCUAAUGAAUGCAGAAAAUUUUAAGUAUACAAACAUGGGCGGCUGCACAGUCAUUGAAGGAGUUGAUGACAGAAAAGAUAUGAUAGACACUCAAAAAACCUUCAAACUUCUAGGUUUCAAUGUUGACUUUCAGAUGGACGUCUUCAAAGUCCUGGCGGCCAUCCUGCAUUUGGGAAAUGUAGAGGUCAAGCGUGUUAGUGAUGACAAGUCUUCAGUUGCUAAAAAUGACAAACACCUUCAGAUAUUUUGUGAGCUUCUAAACCUGGAUGUAGAAAAAGUAGCACAAUGGCUGUGCAAUAGGAAAAUAUCCACUAUAUCAGACACUGUCAUCAAACCUAUGACAAAGCUUCAGGCUGAAAAUGGACGAGACGCUCUGGCUAAAAAGAUUUACUCUCACCUAUUCGAUUAUGUGAUUGAAAGAAUAAAUAAGGCAUUGCAGUUUUCUGGGAAGCAGCAUACUUUCAUUGGGGUACUUGAUAUCUAUGGGUUUGAGACCUUUGAUGUUAAUAGUUUUGAACAGUUCUGCAUAAAUUAUGCAAAUGAGAAACUACAACAGCAAUUCAACUUGCAUGUAUUCAAACUUGAGCAAGAAGAAUACAUGAAGGAAGAUAUCCCGUGGACUCUCAUAGAUUUCUACGACAAUCAGCCAGUUAUAGACCUAAUAGAAGCAAAGAUGGGUAUUCUGGAACUGCUGGAUGAGGAAUGCUUGCUACCACAAGGAACUGAUGAAAACUGGCUGCAAAAGCUCUACAACAACUACAUCAACAAGAACCCCUUGUUUGAGAAGCCCAGAAUGUCCAACAGAUCAUUUAUUGUCCAACACUUUGCCGAUAAGGUAGAAUAUAAAUGUGAUGGAUUUUUGGAGAAAAAUCGUGAUACGGUUUAUGAAGUAUUGAUUGAUCUGAUAAAAACUAGUAAGUUCCAGCUUUGUGCUAAUUUUUUUCAAGACAACACUGUAUCCACAACACCUUACACUGCAGCUAUAAAGGUGAAAUCUGCAAGGCCUGUGAUCAAGUCCGCAAAUAAAGAGCUAAGAAUGACUGUGGGCAGCAAGUUCCGCAACUCUCUGUGUUUACUUAUGGAGACACUUAAUGCCACCACUCCUCAUUAUGUCCGAUGCAUAAAACCCAAUGAUGAAAAGCUCCCUUUUGAAUUUGACUCUAUAAGAGUGGUACAGCAGCUAAGAGCGUGUGGUGUAUUGGAAACCAUCCGAAUAAGUGCACAAAGCUAUCCCUCCAGGUGGACAUAUAUAGAGUUUUUUGGUCGGUACAGCAUCCUGAUGACACAGCAGGAAUUAGCACUGACUGAAAAGAAACAUAUUUGUAAAGUUGUACUUCAGAGACUAAUCCAGGAUUCCAACCAGUAUCAGUUUGGAAGGACUAAAAUCUUCUUUAGAGCUGGGCAAGUUGCAUACUUAGAAAAAUUAAGGUCUGACAAGUUGAGGAAUGCCUGUGUUAUGAUCCAGAAGAACAUUCGGGGAUGGGUGCAGAGGCAGAAGUUUCUGCGUGCACGAAAUGCAGCCAUUGUCAUACAGCAGUAUAUCAGGGGACAACGGGCUGUGAGACAAGCAAUAACUGCUACCGCCAUUAAACAUGCUUGGGCUGCUAUCAUCAUCCAGAAACACUGCAGAGGCUUCUUGGUGCGUCGCAUAUAUCAGCUUAUUGUAGUGGCUACUGUAACCAUCCAAGCAUUCACACGAGGUUAUCUGGCAAGAAAGAGAUACCGCAAGAUGCGGGAAGAGCACAAGGCUUUAAUACUGCAGAAAUAUGCACGUGCAUGGCUGGCCCGGCGUAGGUUCCAGAACAUCCGAAGAUUUGUGGUAAACAUUCAGCUGUCCUAUAGGGUGCAGAGACUGCAAAAGAAACUGGAAGAUCAGAACAAGGAAAAUCAUGGACUGGUGGAAAGACUGACCAGUCUAGCAGCCACUUAUGCACAUGAUGUUGAUAAACUCCAUAAAGUCGAAUCAGAGUUGGAAAAAUCUGUCACACAGAGGAAGUCACAAGAGGAAAGAGGGAAGAAAUACAAGGAUGAGGCUGAGCAGAAAAUAUCAAAGCUUCAAGCUCAAAAUGCUGAACUUCUGGAACAGAAGCAGAAGUUAGAAGUCAAACUGGAAGAGAAGACCCAAGAGAUGAAGGAUAAAAUGGAUGAUCUCACAAAUCAGCUAUUUUCUGAUGUGGAGAAGGAAGAAAAACAUAGAUUGAAGCUUGAAAAACAGUUUGAAAUGCAAAAGAAGGACUAUGAAAAACAAAUAAAGCAACUGAAAGAUGAAAUUGAGGCUUUAAAGGAAAAGAACAAACAACUGACUCUACAAAUAGAAGAACAAACAAGACUCAGUGAUGGGUUGAAACUACAAGUUGCUCAUUUGUCUGACCAAGCAAAGAAAAUCCCAGAGUUUCAUACUCAGAUAGAAGUUCUUGAAACCCAGUUAAAGGAGUCUAACAACCAGGCGCAGUUGCAGAAGCAUGAAAUGCGAGAGAAAAUGUCUGAAAUGGCUAAACAACUUUUGGACAGUUUUGAAGUUGAAGAUGUUAAAAACAGACUUGCUCAAGAAGAUUUGGGAAAUAUAAAUGAAGAUGGAGAACUUUGGUUUGCUUAUGAAGGCUUGAAAAAAGCAACGAGAAUACUAGAAAACCACUUUCAGACCCAGAAGGAAGCUUACGAAAAAGAAAUUGAAGUGCUAAAUUUCAAAGUGAAUCAUUUUAGCGAUGACAUAAAAAACAUCCAAAGAUCAGUGAAGGAAGAGAGAGAAACAAAUGACGUCCUCAGACAAGAGAUUAUGAGGCUGACAUCUGAGAAUAAGAUAAUAGCAUCUCUCAAUUCUAAGAUUUCUGGUCUUGAGAAGGAAAACAUGGAUCUUCAAGGUUGUCUUUAUGAAAAAAAUAUGAAAAUGCCAGACAAAGGUGAAAAAAUAUCCAACCUCAAAAAUCACCAGCAGGAAGAAGAAGAAGACAUGUCUGGGAAGCUCAGGAGGAAACAUACAGAAAAUGAAGAACUGAAAGACAAGGACGACAAAGAUCAUUUGACAGAGAAAAAUGAAAUAUAUAUUGAGGAUUAUGAAGAACAGGUGGAUAAAAAGGAUAGAAUUAUUAAAAAACUCCAAGAUCAGAUCAAAGCUCUCACAAAGAACAUGGAUACAGAAAACCAAACAAAUGUGCCCAGUGUUUUUAAGGACUACUUGGGAAUGCUGGAAUUCUCACCGGAAGAUGAAGCUAAACUCAUUAGCAAUCUAAUUCUGGAUAUUAAACCCAGAGGCGUUGUGGUGAAUAUGAUACCAGGACUUCCAGCUCACAUCCUCUUCAUGUGUGUUAGGUACGCCGACUAUAUCAAUGAUGCAGAGAGAAUUAAAUCUUUGAUGAAUGCCUCUAUCAGUGGCAUUAAACAGGUUAUAAAGGAACACGCAGAUGAUUUUGAAAUGUUGUCUUUCUGGUUAUCCAACAUCCACCAUUUCCUCAACUGUUUGAAACAGUACAGUGGAGAAGAGGAGUUCAUGAAAUACAAUGUGCCACUUCAGAAUAAGAACUGUCUGAAGAAUUUUGACUUGUCUGAAUACAGGCAGAUUAUCAGUGACCUGGCUAUUCGUAUCUACCACCAGUUCAUCACUGUGAUGGAGAAUAAUCUCCAGCCAAUGAUUGUACCUGGAAUGCUAGAGUAUGAAAGUCUCCAUGGGAUAUCAGUAGCGAAGCCUACAGGAUUCCGAAAGCGUUCAUCCAGUAUAGACGAUACGGAUGCAUAUACUAUGACUUCAAUACUCCAGCAGCUGAGUUAUUUUUACACAACCAUGUGCCAGCAUGGCAUGGACACUGAACUUCAAAAGCAGACAGUAAAGCAACUAUUCUUCCUGAUUUCCACCGUCACUCUCAAUAGUCUUUUCCUGCGCAAGGACAUGUGUUCUUGUAGGAAAGGAAUGCAGAUAAGAUGUAAUAUAAGCUAUCUGGAAGAAUGGCUACAAGGAAAGAAUCUGCAUGGAAGUGCAGCCAAGGAAACCCUAGAACCUCUUUCCCAAGCAGCAUGGUUGUUACAGGUUAAAAAAAUCAAAGAUGAAGAUGCCAAAGAAAUAUGUGAGCGCUGCAAUGCCCUUACUACAGUCCAGAUUGUUAAAAUACUGAACUCAUACACUCCCAUAGAUGAUUUUGAGAAGCGAGUAACACCCUCAUUUGUUCGUAAGGUUCAGUCCAUGCUAAGCAGUCGUGAAGAUGGGUCACAAUUAAUGGUGGACAGCAAAUACCUCUUUCAAGUGACGUUCCCAUUCAGCCCAUCUCCUCAUGCGCUGGAAACCAUCCAGAUUCCCAGCAGCCUCAAGCUUAGCUUCCUUAAGAGAAUCUAGAAUAUGCACAGGCUCCGGGCGCAGAACUUGUACAACCCUCUCUGGAUAAACUGCCUACUGUUCUAUAUUUAGAUACUUUGUAAUGUUUGGAUUGUAAACUUAUCAUUAUCUCAUUGUUCCAUGGAUUUA